AGUGCGGUACGGGGCACAGGCCUUUGACAGCAUUUACAAAUACUUUAAAAAACUUUCGGUGAAUUAUAACACCAUUUCUAAUUUCGAUCAGUAAACCGAUGAAUUAAUGUCUAAAGUAUUGCGCAAAACAUUCAUACUUCACAAUCGAACAAGUUUUAUCAGGUGCUUCUCAAAGUCGGAUACGAAGGUUAUCGGAGCUUAUAGUGGCUUGUGUAGAAAAAUUAUGAUUCAUUCUUUGAAUACUUAAGUUAACUUUCAUAUAAUGUGAUUUAAAAGUCCUCAAUAAUCUAUAGGUUUUCAUUAAAACUUUAUAAACAUAGGUGGUAAUUCGAUCAUUGAGUUAAAAAUUGUGUGCCAUGCUAAGCAAAUUAUUUUCUACUCUCAAACAAAAUGAUAGUGUAGUAGGCAGUGUAAACAUUAGUCUUCAAUAGUCCCUAACUAUUGAGUUUUUGUUCAAGUCAAUUUAAAUUAAUUUUAAUACCUCAAAAUGUAUUCUACAUUAACCCCUAAAUGCCGAAUUGUCGAAUCAGACUUAAAGUGCAAAAGUGGAUGCGAUUAUUAUGGCAAUGCUGCUUGGCAAGGUUAUUGCAGUGUUUGUCAUCGGAAAAAGCAACGAGCUUUGCAAGAAGAACGGGAACGUGAAGCACUUCGCCAAAAUCGCGAUAGUGAAAACGUCGGACUUGCUGAUCAGAAGCUCCUACAGCAAGAUAAAAAUAAAUCUAAAUUGAAUGCAUUUUCAAGACUCCGAAAAUUGCCCUCAAAGGGACAGGAGCAAAAGUUUUUAUUGAGAGAAUUGUACAAUAGCAACGCAUCUGAUUUGGAUAAAAUUCGCGCUGAUAAUCAAGACUUGUUGAAAGUAUUGGAUACAGCGCUUUUGAAGGAUUUGCAGCGAAAAAUGGAUCAUUUUCUUAUUGAAAUUCUAGAAGCUAAGGAUAGAAAAAAAAUUGAAAAGCUGUCAGAUCUGACGCAGAUAUUUUACCAAAAUUGCUCAAAAAGUUUAGAAGAAAAAGUUGAUCAAAGAGAAUUUUCGUUGGAAGUAAAAGAACGAUUACUCGAUUAUAUUGAAAAAUAUACUAUGACAAUGUUAUAUAGAUUAUUAUUUUGCCCUCCAUUUACAAACGAUGAGGAAAAUGAUCUGGAAAUUCAGAAAAGAAUAAGACAAUUAAAUUGGGUUAGCGUCAAAAAUUUAGAAUGCAAAAUUCAUGAAACAAGUGUUGAAGUCAGAGAACUUGUAUACACAUCAAUGAUGGAUUUAUUAAAUAUGGAUGCGGCUAAAGCACCACAAGAAAAACUUGCAUGUAUUGUACACUGUUGUAGUAAUAUAUUUUUACUACUUCAACAAUCAGUGGGAGGACCAGCAUCUGCUGAUGAAUUUCUUCCAGCUUUAAUCUUUAUUGUGCUAAAAGCAAAUCCAGCUAGAUUGAAAAGUAACAUAAAUUUUAUCACUAGAUUUUGUAAUGCUAGUCGAUUGAUGACUGGAGAGAGUGGAUAUUAUUUUACAAAUUUGUGCUGUGCUGUAUCAUUCAUUGAAAACUUAACGGCAGAAUCUUUAAAUAUGACUAAAAGUGAUUUUAAUGCUUACAUGUCGGGGGAAGGAGUACCUGCCAAUACAUGGGAAUCAGCUCUUAUGAUCUGUGAAAAUUUACACUUAAUUUGUGAAGAUAUCAAUCUACUUCAAGAGCUAAAAAAUGAAAAUGAGAAAAUUUUUGUAGAAUCUAAAAACUUAGAAAUAGAUAUGUUGGAUUUUUGUAAUAAAAUACAGGUUGAUGUGAUUGAUGCAUUAAACAAAUCCUCUCUCAAGUUCAGUACAAAUCAAAAAGUGUCACUACAGUUGGAUGGUGACGUCGGUACCAGUUUGCGAAUGCCUUCACCAGUGGCAAGAAAGAUGGAUAAUGAGCUACCUGAAAAUCAUGUACAACAAGACAUGACUGAACCAAAUAAUUUUAAUUCAAAUUUAUUGCAAGAAAAAUCUCCAUGUCCAAAAUUAUCUCUUUCAGAUAAUAACUUUAGUACAAAAACACAAAUUCAUAGUGAUAGUGGUGAUUUGAAACAUGAUGAUUUUGAUGAUGCUAGUAAUGAUUUAAUGGAAAGUAAUUCAAGUUGCAGCUCUUUAAAUAAUUCUGAAUGUACAAAUAAAAAUUUGUCGUUUUCUUCAAUACCAAUGAAUAUGAUAUCAGAGGAUUAUCAUGGGUUUUCUGUGCAAGGUUCUAGUAUUCCAACUAUUCCAUGUAACACAGGAGAUUUUGCUUUUAAUUUGAACGUGGAAGAUAAUUCUAAUAAAUAGUAUUUUUUAUCUUAAAUUUAGUUAAAUUUAUGCUAUCAAAUAAUUGUAUAUCUUGGAAUUGUAAUUACUUUUUAUUUGCUAAAAUAUUAUUGUA